AUGGUGGCGCUUCUUCGCGCAAUGGGCACGUUAAGAAUCGACUUCAAAUCGCCGAGUCGUAUCGACGAUGCGCAGCAGUUCUUCAAUAUCAGCCAAACUUGUGACGAGGGCGAGCUUCCACCUGAUCUGGCAAGUGUUAUGAAACGAUUGUGGGCUGACGGAGGAAUCCAAGAAUGCUUCCUGAGAUCACGCGAAUACCAGCUGAACGACUCUGCUCCAUAUUACCUGAACUCAUUAGAACGGAUCGCUCAACCAAAUUACAUCCCUACACAGGACGAUGUACUGCGUACUCGAGUCAAAACGACUGGUAUCGUCGAGACUCACUUUACGUAUAAAGACCUGCAUUUCAAGUGA